AUGUCGUUUUACUGAAAAAAAUCUCGCUUUUUGGAGUGUACUUUCUUCCCACUCACCUCGGCCGGAAGUCGCGAGAGAAACAGAGAUGGCGAGGAGGCGGGACGCGCGAGUCGCGCCGAGUCAAUACCGGCGCUCAGAGCGAGUCGAGAAGCCAACUCAGGAGUUCAAAGUCGACGGCUCUGGUUUCGAUCGGAAGCUAAUUGCCAUAUUCGUAUUCCUUUUCGUUGUUAUCCCCUCCGUAUCUGUAUUAGUAUACAAGAUCAACACUGCUCGGCCGACGAACCGUUCCGAAGUGCUCGUACCUCGACGAGGACUCAUCAAAACUGACAUCAAUUACCAAGAGAUCCUUUCUGAGAAUUCGAAGCUAACGGAGAAUGCGUCACACCGGCAUUACAAUUAUCCUGUUUUGGCCUACAUUACUCCAUGGAAUUCUCGGGGCUAUGAAAUGGCAAAGAGAUUCACCUCUAAGUUCACGCAUUUAUCACCGGUGUGGUAUGAUCUGAAAAGCAGCCAAGGAAGCAGCUUGUUAUUGGAGGGGAGACAUAAUGCUGAUAAACAAUGGCUAUCUGAGAUUAAAAUGAAUGGAGAUGCUCUGGUGUUACCUAGAGUUGUUCUGGAAGCAUCUCCAAUGGAAUUGCUCAGAAAGAAGAAACAGAGGGAUAAAGCUAUUGAACUGAUGGUAACAGAAUGCAAGGAAAUGCAGUAUGAUGGUAUUGUUCUAGAGUCUUGGUCCAGAUGGGCAGCUUAUGGUAUUCUCAAUGAUCCAGACAAGAGGAAUAUGGCACUAAAUUUUGUAAAACAACUUGGACAUGCGCUGCAUUCUGUGAACUCAACCAGGAACAGGGAGCAAAAAUUGCAGUUGAUAUACGUUAUAGGUCCACCACGUUCAGAGCGGCUUCAGCAGCAUGAUUUUGGGCCUGAAGAUCUUCAGAGCUUGGAUGAUGCUGUAGAUGGCUUCUCACUCAUGACUUAUGACUUCUCAAAUCCCCAUAACCCAGGUCCAAAUGCACCCACGCAAUGGAUACACUUCACCUUGCAGUCACUACUUGGUCCCCCUGGCAAGACUGCUUGGAGCCUUGCUCGCAAGAUAUUUCUUGGCAUCAAUUUUUAUGGAAAUGAUUUCACCCUUUCAGGAGGUUCUGGCGGUGGACCUAUCAUUGGAAGGGAUUACAUCUCGUUGUUGGAGAAACACAAGCCUGCAUUUCAGUGGGAAAAGAAUAGCGGAGAGCACUUCUUCUUAUAUUCAGAUGACAAUCAUAUCAACCAUGCCGUCUUUUACCCGACGUCGAUGUCUAUUCACCUCCGACUGGAGGAAGCCCGGUCAUGGGGAACUGGCAUUUCAAUAUGGGAAAUCGGACAGGGUUUGGAUAACUUUUUUGAUCUUCUGUAACAACAAUUUUGGUCCUUUUUAAUGCAAUAUAAACAGGACCUUCCUAAUAUUCACAGUAGUUUAUUUAUCUCUGUAUUAAAUGGAAUAAAUACCCACGGGUACACAGUGUACCACUGUCUACCGUCUAGACGUGUACUUCUGUAUGUAAGAUGUACUGUAGAGUUUCAGACAUUCUCAGCCACACAAUCUUGUUAAACCAGAAAUUCCAUC